UCCAUGACGUCAGCAGUAAAACCUGCUCCGGCUGGGUGUCUGUCGCUCGCUCGGGGACUGAAGUGAGUUUGUGCGGCAGCUAAUCGGGACUUUUUCCCUCCUCUCGUCUCGUCUGUCGUCUGUUGAAUGUUUCCUCUCGUUUCGUAGCGUCGCUGUUCGGCUCGUGUGUGGUAAAGUUAGCGAGUCCGUCGAUGUAUGGGCCGUCUCAGUAAAAGUUCCCGAAGUGCUGUUUGAGGAACCGGUGGACGGCGGACACCACCGGAGAUGGAUAAGCUAACCGAUAGCCGAGUUGUUAGCCGAGAAUCAUAGGUCAAGAAUAGGAUCGAGCUAGCAUGCUAGCAGCUAGCUAGCAUAGCAUUUCAGCGGCUAAGUGACUUUGUUAACCUGUAACGUCCAAACUAAUGUCGGUGACCCCUCUGGCCUGGUAGCUUCACUGUGAAUAGUUCGCCGGAGACCGGCAAACCCCAACCAAAGGACCCGGUGUUAGUUAGAGGAGAGGAAAGGGGCUGAGGAGUGUUGUCGAGAGGCGGCUGUUGUUCAUCUCUCAGCCCGGACCAGGAGCAUGCUGUCCAACGCACAGAACCAGCCGCUGUUCCCCAACCCGGGGCAGCAGAACCCGGCCGGGCAGCAGAACCCCACCGGCCAGUUUCUGCCCUACAACGCCAGACCCAACUUACAGAUCAAGAAGAACGCCAUCACAGACGAAUACAAGGUGACCAGCCAGGUGCUGGGGCUGGGCAUCAAUGGAAAGGUGCUUGAAAUCUUCCAGAAGAAGACGGGAGACAAAUAUGCGCUGAAGAUGCUACAGGAUUGUGCCAAGGCCCGUAGGGAAGUGGAACUCCACUGGAGGGCGUCGCCUUGUUCCAACAUCGUGCGUAUCAUUGACGUCUUCGAGAACCUCUAUCAGAGCAGGAAGUGUCUGCUUAUUGUGAUGGAGUGCAUGGAUGGUGGUGAACUUUUUUGUCGAAUUCAGGACCGAGGAGACCAGGCCUUCACAGAGAGAGAGGCAUCUGAUAUCAUGAAGAGUAUUGGAGAGGCCAUUCAAUUUCUCCAUGCAAUCAACAUUGCACACAGAGACGUUAAGCCUGAGAAUUUACUGUAUUCGUCGAAGAGGCCCAGUGCCCUGCUCAAACUCACAGACUUCGGCUUUGCCAAGGAAACCACCUCACACAACUCUUUAGCGACUCCCUGCUACACACCCUACUAUGUUGCUCCGGAGGUUCUUGGCCCAGAGAAAUACGACAAGUCAUGUGACAUGUGGUCGUUGGGCGUUAUCAUGUAUAUCUUGUUGUGUGGGUACCCUCCUUUUUAUUCUAACCACGGUCUCGCCAUCUCUCCUGGGAUGAAGAAGAGGAUCAGGAUGGGCCAGUAUGAGUUUCCCAACCCUGAAUGGUGUGAUGUAUCAGAAGAAGCUAAACAACUCAUUAGGACCCUCCUAAAGACUGAGCCAACCCAAAGGAUGACCAUCACAGAGUUCAUGAAUCAUCCAUGGAUCAAUCAAUCAAUGGAGGUUCCCCAGACCCCUCUUCACACCAGCCGUGUACUAAAGGAGGAGAAGGACACAUGGGAGGAUGUCAAGGAGGAAAUGACCAGUGCCCUGGCAACGAUGAGGGUUGACUAUGAGCAAAUCAAGAUCAAGACCAUCGAGGACUCCACCAAUCCACUGCUAUCGAAACGGAGGAAGAAAGCCUGUAACACCAUGGCGGACCCACAGUCUGCUGGCCACUGAAAGAUGCAAGCAUGCAUGCACAUAUAAACACAGGUUGUAAAAAGGAAGCAAUAAUUUGUCGCCAUGUGAUCUGCAUUGCAUGGAUUUUCUCAGUGUUUUAUUUUUCAUGGCAAAUUCUAAUGGUUUUUUUUAGGAGUGGUGGUUUUCAUUACUCUACCAUUUUAAUAAACCCAGCACUCUGUCCUGACAGAAGAGGGUGUUGAUCUGUGUUUAUGCACCACUGAAGAGAUUAUGAAUUUUAGAAAAGGAGAGGAGAGGGAGACUUGGGAAAGCUCUCUCCUCGCUUUUCCCAGUUAUCAGGUUGUGUGCUCAACGGGGUUGGAACGUUGAAACGGGACAUGAAGCCUUAGCAUUAGCAGUAGCUCCCCUGUCGCCCCCCCGUCAUGUUCUAGCUCUAGCCCCCCAAACCUGUGAAUGUUAAAUCAAAAGGCUAAAUCCCCCAAAAAUUAAGGGAAGGUAUCUUUUACAGAGUAACCAGAUGUAUUUUGAACUGACAAGUAGAAUGUAAGGACUCUGUCCCUGAUUGUUGGAAUUGGCUGGAAAUCAUUGCUCGUUGUUGGGAUUUGGACUGGGUGUGUCUGUCAGGUUCAGUUUGUCGUUGUGAAUGUCGAGCAGAGGCCUAUGCACUCACACGAGGGCCACGUGCCAUUCAGACAGAGCAUCUCACUCGUGGUCCCUUUCUCCUUCUUUUAAUGUUCUCUUGUUCUUCAGGUACAUGGUUGUAGGGCAGAGAAGGAAGGGCGCGUUUAAAGAGCAGAACCUGACUCGUCUUUCUCCUGCAUGUAGCUCAUAGGAGACAAAUGAUACUGUAUUUUUUCAUGGAUUUUUAGCAAAGGCCUUACUGAGUUUUGCUAAAGCAGCAGAUCACUUUUAAUCCCUGCCUACCAUUUGGUUCAGGCUUUAACCAAAUGUUCCGCUUCAGAAUUUAUAACAUUGCCAGAUUAUAUUUCAGGUUAACGCUAUGCAGAUGUGUUUGUUAGCUUGAAGUACUGCCAGGGCCUUUUUUUUUGUUAGUGUUGAUUUCUGUUUGCAGUUGUGUCGAGCAACAAUAGGGAGAGUUUGUGUGUUUUUAUGUAAGCAGUAGCGCCCUCUAGGGAGUACAUGGUUCAGACUGGUCAUUCAGAGUAAACGGUUUGUUACACCAGUUCAACUGUCUGGGGCCUCAGUGGGACAGAUCGGGUGCAAUGCCGCUGUUCUCCAACACUUCUCCUCCAUACUUCCUGGAGGAUGGACAAGAAGCAGAAAGUACUUAAGAGCUGUUCCUCUUCCCCGAGCAGAGUCUGACACACCACCAGCAAACUGUCAUCACAUCCAGAGAGGUCGUGAUGGCUGGUUCCUCCUUUGUGUUCUGUUAAGCAGGAAUGCCUCCCAGCUCACUUGGGAUCAAAUGUUAUCACUUCACUUUGUAGAAUCACAUCCACAUUAUGUGUCGCAUCGCACCUACAAAUCUCUCACUGUAAAAAUGGUCAUUGAAUGUUUGGGGCAAUGUGUUCCCUAUUGUUUCUUUUCUUUUAAAUCAGUUUGUAUGUUUUGGUUUUAUCCCUAUCAACACUUUUUUGUAGUGGAAUCACAGAUGUGUCUCCCCCCAUGUCGUUGAGUCUUUUCUGCUCCACAUGCUGUACUUUCUGCUUCAGCUUUGGAUUAAAAAAAACAUAUAAAGCACAAA